AUGGCGGACGAUCUUGCCCCGGAGAACAUUGAAUUGCAGCAGCAGAGCUCAAGCCUUGCCUCUUCGGUCAAGUCGUUCGUCUCAGGUGGCUUUGGUGGUAUCUGUGCCGUGCUGGUCGGUCAUCCCUUUGAUCUGAUCAAGACGCGUUUGCAGACCGCGCCGCCGGGCACCUACUCUGGUGCACUGGAUGUGACGAGCAAGACCAUUCGUGCAGAUGGUCUCCGUGGGCUUUACCGCGGUAUGGGCCCGCCACUGAUUGGCGUCACCCCCAUUUUUGCUCUCUCGUUCUUCUCCUACGACCUCGGCAAAAAGCUCGUGUACGCAGCUACCCCUAAUCGUGCCGAUCAAACGCUGAACCUGACGGAGCUGUCCAUCGCUGGUUUCUUCAGCGCCAUUCCUACCACGCUCGUGGCCGGCCCCGCUGAGCGCAUCAAGGUCCUGCUCCAGCUUCAGGGCCAAUCCCAGUCGGGCCCCAAGUACAAUGGCCCUGUCGACGUUGUACGCCAGCUAUACAAGGAGGGUGGAAUGCGCUCCAUCUUCAAGGGAACGGGCGGUACGCUUGCUCGUGACGGCCCUGGCAGUGCUGCAUACUUUGCUGCAUACGAGGUCGCCAAGCGUUCGUUGACGCCUGCUGGCUCAGACCCCAACGACCUUAACAUCAUGACAACCAUCACGGCCGGUGGUCUUGCCGGUAUGGCGAACUGGGCUCUGGCCAUCCCUCCUGAUGUGGUCAAAUCGCGUUACCAGGGUGCUCCAGAGGGCACCUACAAGAGCUUCAUGGACUGUGCUCGCAAGACAGUCGCUGCUGACGGUGUCGGUGCCCUUUUCAAGGGCUUUGGUCCCGCUAUGGCUCGUGCCUUCCCCGCGAAUGCUGCUGUGUUUGUCGGUGUCGAAAUGUCGCAGUCGCUCCUCAACAUGGUCAUGUAG